CGAUCUUGGAGAUUGUUUUGAGAAAUGAGUUGAAUGUCUUGCCAGCCAACAGCCUGCAUUCCCAAAAGUUCUUGCGGAGACGAGUAAUUUUUAAAAUGCCGAGGCUACAGGGUGGAUGGCGAGGGGAUCUGAGAGCCAGCUGGUAGUUAAAUGUGUUAACUGGCACCUUUAAGACAGGAAACUGUUAGGACAAGAUGCCAGAAAUGACUGAAACUCGGACAUCUGGUCGUAAACAUAAAAAGAAGAAAAACAAAGAAUCUCACAAUGCAGUUGAAAGACACAGAAAAGAGAAGAUAAAUGCUGGGAUUAAUCGCAUUGGUAAUCUUCUGCCUUGUUCCCAGGCCCUAAAACAAAGUAAGAACAUGAUCUUGGACCAGGCUUUUCGCUACAUCACUGAACUGAAGAGACAAAAUGAUAAAAUGCUACUGGAAGGAGGAAACAAGGUUCAAGCUCAGGAGAUCUGUAGGUUACGGAAGCAGUUGGAGGAAAUGAGGAAGGAGAGUUCUCGCUAUAUUGAGCUCCUCAAAGCCCAUGACAUUAACAUUUCAGAAGACCCCACUAUCCACUGGCAUGGCAGACAGCGCUCUGCCAAGGUAGCAAAGGUGACCCCCACUCACCAACUCAAAAAUGAGAUCCUCAUCCACACCAAUGGCAAUGUGAUACGCCCAGCUGCAAAGGAGAAUAGCCCGAGGAAACAGCCCAAGGAAACUUUAAUUCUUCAGUCACCUUCGAUGGCUAGGACCAGGUUAAAAAUAAAUGGUGCAGUGGUACAAGUUAAUACUGCUUCUUCGACCCCUUCACUUCUCUCUGGGACAGCUAUUAGAUCCACGCAAUCUGUGCAAGGUCAGAUAGUGGCAGAGCAGUGUGUGGUUGAAACACUGCCAGUGUCUACUACUCUUCCACCUUCUGUAUCUUACAUCACUCUUAAGAUCCCAAGAGUCACCGCAACGCUUCCCGAGCCACCUCAGCCUGCCACACCAUUGCGGCCCUUGUCUAUAACAACUACUUCAGUCUCAGAACUCUCUACUGACAGUACACCUCUACCUUUUUCCAGCCUUAACACACUACCACAGACUGUAACUACAUCCAGAUCAACAUCCUCAGAUGUUUAUUCCAGGGUUACACAGGAUAAUGCCAUCAGGACUGUGAGUUACACUGCUAUUCCUACCAGCCAAGCACUUCUUAGGCCUGGGACGGCAAGUAGUACACAAACCACCUGGACAACUUUGCAUAUGGCGGGGAACACAGUGCAGCCAUUAUGCCAGAGUCUACCCACCCCAGAGAUUAGCAAUACUACCCAGAGUGUCCAGCAGUUGACUGUUUGCCCCUCAGGCAACAAAUCUUCUGCUCAGCCUAUUCAAAUACAGAUGCAGCCCCAUGUACCUGUACAGCAGACACCCAUUACCGGUCACAUUCAGAUGCAGUCUAUUCAGAGGCCAGCACAGCUACAGCCAUCCAUCCUUAACCACGCACAGCCUCAGUCUGUUUUAGCACCUCAGCCUCAGUGUGCUGUUCUCCCCCAGUCAGCCAUAGUACCCCAGGCAGCUGUUGUAGCCCACCCUGUGGUAUCUCAGGCUCAGUCUGCUGUACUUCAGCCAGCUUCAUUGGUUGCCCAUCCUCCAGCAGCAAUCAUCCCUCAGCCAGCAUUAAUGCCCCAGCCCCAGACCACUGUUCUACCCUUGCUACAGACCAUGCAACUGCUGCAUGUAAAUCCAACUGGAGCAGCAGCUUCAGGAGUAACGGCACCACAAAAUACCAACAACCCAAGUGUGGUCAUCCUGCAGCAAGCUAAUCCCUGCCCUACUCCAUCAUUGGUAAGGGAGGAAAUAACCAAUCCGACGUCUUGUCAGCAUAUAGUAAUCAUCCAAGCACCUAAUCAAACUGCACCUGCCCCUCAGAACCCUCAGGUUGGGCUUGUUCCUGCUGCUUUGCCCACUCCAGUGCCCGCUGUGUCCACACAAAUUGCUGUAACCACCAGUUCAGCUUCUGCCACGUCAUUACAGACAGUUGGGGGAAAGCAAUUGGUGCACAUUCUUCCACGUCCUCAAAUGAUCUGUGCCCCCAAGAGGUCCUCUUCUCCACCAGUUCCCUCAGCCCCACAGACUAUCACUGUGAAUGGCCAGAUGUUUGCCCUGCAGCCUGUAAAGACUUCUGAUAAAUCCAGCUCUCAGAGUAGCCAAAGAACACUCCAGUUGGUCCAUCCCACUACUACUGAGGAGCCAACUACCAAUGUGGCCCUUAACAGUUUAGGAGCUCUCAGUAGUCUUAACCAGAGUAUCUCUCAGGGCAUUCCACUUAACAUUUCUAACCAGAACAGUGUUCAGUCUCCUACUGAUCUAUCACCUGUCGUCCAGCAGCAGCAGCCGUCUGCUCUCAUGACUGUCGCAGGAAAUAAUCUUGCACUUCCAGUCCAGCAGCUACAGGUCCCUUGCCUGAACCCAGUCAAAAAACGGCCAGUGUUUAAAGCCUCUAAGGUCUUAGGGAGAAGACCUUGCACAGUUUCCACUGUGAAAAAGCCACUGGUUAAUAGGACUAAACCAGCAAAAAAGAAAGUACUCAAACAAGGACAGUCUGCUACUGCUGUGGCAGCCAAUCCAGAGGAAGCUGCAGAAUGUCAGGCAGGUCAAGCGACAGUCUGUCAAGUUGUACUGCCUUCAAGUUUGAAAGUUGACAUUGCCACAAUGAGUACUACAGUUGUGACGACAACAACAAAUAGUGGUAAAAUUAAAGAAAAUUUCAUUUCUACACAAAAUACACCAAAUACAAUCACAUGUAGUUCAUCCAGUGAAGCUCCUGUAGUCAGUCAGUCAUCUACACAGAGCAAAACAUCAGAAACUGGUGCCUCUGAAAACAUGUCUGUGACUGGAAUCACUGCAGCACACAGUGACACAGUCGUCACUGAUACAACAGUAAGGCCACCAGUGAAUGCAGCUGUGGCCAUGGAGCGCAAAACAGCUGUGGUGACAAACCUCAACCCCACUGUAACCAAGGCCUCAGUUACAGAUGUGAAACUGACAGCCACCAGUGCAGAUAUGAGAUCAGACUGCAGCAAUAAUUCUAGGCAGUGCAGAUUAGUGCUCAGUGACACUGACACUGUGGCUCAAAACAUUUCUAUUAGUGUGCCUGCUACAUGUCUCGCUUCGGUCUGCACCAGGAGUGUCACUGUUAGUGCACCAUUAAUGUCAAACCAGAUUGCCAACUUAACAGGGAUACAUAAUUCCCAAUCAUCCAGUGCCAAGGAUCCUCUGCCAUCCGCUAAGGCUGAGACUCAGUCCACUGCUUCUAUCUCAGCAUCUACAGCUGUGCCUCUGUCAUCUGCAACAAACUUUUUUGCAGUUGAGAACUCUGUUAGUGUCUCAACUAGUUUAGAGUUCAGGAAAAGGGACACUGUGGGUAGAGCUUCAACACAGCAGACUGACAUAAGCAUGUCCAACCCCUCUCCCUGCCAUCUUGCUGAAGUCAAACCUCCCCAAGCCUCUAUGAGAGACGGGGAGGCUCAGGAAGAAAAUCCCUCUGCUGCAGCAGAGAAAGAGGGCUUGAUUGCUGUCACUUCUGAUCCUCCCUCAAGAAAGGAUUUCGCACUGCCUCAGCAUGUAUAUACUAAUUUUGAUGAUGAAACUAUGGAGCAUCCUGUGACAUCCAGCAGACAGACAGAUUCCCCUAUGUCUGCAGCAACUGGGGGCGGAAGAGGGUUCUCUGUAGCUUCCAUGCUUCCCCAGGGCCACGGCAUUAGUGCAUCUUCUGGGUCCUUUAGUACAUUUACAUUCACAUCUGAGCAGGCAGAUAUCCUAGCAUUGGCCAUGCUUGAACAAGACAGUCCAGGGAGAAGGAGUGGUGGGUGUUCUGCAGAGAGUGCUCUUUCAACAAAUCCCAGGACAGCUGCAUGGGACCCACCAAAGACCCCACCCACAACUACGAGUAAAGAAAGGGGUUCGGCUGCACAGCAGUCGAAGAUGAGUAAGCCUAUUAAUACAGUCACAGGCAAACCUGCUGUUCAGAUAUCUGCCAGAGGUCCAGUUUUGGAAGUAACCACUAAUGCGUCUGGAACCAGACAUCCACAAAACAUUCCAUACUCCCAGUCUCAGUCUCUUGCCCAGGUCCAGUCUCAGAGCCCAUCACAGAGUGGCACUGUGGUGAGCCUCAGCGUUAACAACUUGAUCAGGCCCAGCUCCAGUCAGCAGCCUUAUCCUGGCUCCCCCAAUAUUGUUGGCCAACAGGGUUCAGUCCCAUCACCCGUUGGGAGCUUGUCCCAUAUAUCUCAACCACCAAACAAUGCCCUGUCACCCUGUUCAGGUGCUGUCCAGAUUAAUGAGUAUACGCCCAUAAAGAGUGCAUUAAUGAGAGCUCAAGCUGUGGCUGCUGCAGGUGAACGACAUGUAAAGAACAUCUCCAAACGGCAGGCCCAGGAGGAGGUGAUGAUGAACACUGGAAAACGACCCAAACCGUGUCCUCCUCCAUCUAAUGCUGUUGGUCAUAUGGAGGUGAAGGCGGCAGAUCACAGCCAGGUGAUGAUGGGGCAGCUGCCCCCUAGCUCCUCAGCCAUUAUGACAAGGAUUACUUCAGAAGGUGGAGGUCCCCUCUUUUCCACAAACUCUUUCAUGAGCUCAGUUGCUCGAACCACUGAUGGCCACUGUCCUCCUCAAGGACCACCUGAUCAGAACCAGCCAGGGGUGCUUCAUCUGCCCCAAGGCCACACACAACAUAUUACAACCCAGUCUGGUCAGCACCUGGGAGGUAACAUGUAUAUGAAACAACAGCAACAAGAGCAACAGAGACAGCAUCUGUAUCAUUUACACCACCACCUUACACAACCUGAUCCUGCACAGCGUCACUCAAUCCACCAGAGGGCGCUUCAGCAGCAGCAGCAAGAACAGCAUGUGCAGAAGAAGCGAGGUCUCCUUAGAAGCAGUCAGAGUGGCUCUCCUGCUAGCCUCCAGCAGAAACAGCAUCACCUGGAAAAGUCUGGAGUACAACAGCAGCAGCAGCACCCACAUCAACAACAGACACCGCAUCAGCAGCACACACAACAGCAGCCACACCAACAAUCACAGCCGUCACAACACCCACAGUCUCAUCCUCAGCAACACCAACAGCAAACGCAUCAGCAUCAACAGCAGCAGUUGCAGCAGCAGCAGCAGCAGAGCUCCCACUCCAGACACCAGCAGCAUCUACAGCAACAGAUCCAGCAGCAGCACUUUAGGCACCAGGAGAAGAGUUGUGAAGCCCAGACAGCAGGACCCAGAGCUCACCACAACAGCCACCUGUCACAACAGGAGCACCUUAAGCCUGGCCAGGACCAUAAUGGUAUGCAGAGGUUGAUGAACUCGAGGAGUCUGGAGCAACAGCUCAUCUCUCCUUCCAGCAAUCCCGUGUCUCGACCAUCUGAACUGUCCUGUGCUCCGUCACGUCAGGAACGCCACCGUGUUUCCAACUACUCUGCCGAGGCGCUCAUCGGUAAAAGCUCAUCUAGCAAUGAGCAGCGAAUGGGUCUUCAUCUUCUACCUGGCCGUGGUACCACGCAGGAACAGCCAGACCUUCGGGGAUACCUAGACACUUCACGAGGGAAAGCCAGCAUUGCACACAACCCACAGAAUUGUUUGUCUGUAGACCAUCCUGGGCCUGCUGAAGUUCAGCGGGUCCCAGAGUGUACACCCUUCAAGACCAUGGGAGGUGGAGGAGUGCACCAGCUCAGUGGCUUUGAGGCUCAGGUAUCCCGUGGAGGAGAUAUGGCCCCCAAGUCAGUGCCUCCUUCGCAGAGGGGACCUCAGGGGCAGCAGCAGGGUGGGUUCAGGAUGGGUGUUGGUCCUCCAGGAGAUGGCAGGAAUCGUGGAGGCUACAGCGGUGCUCAUCCUGGCUCACAAGGAGUACAGGUAGGACCAGUGCUGUCCAGAGAGCAGGAUGGAUGUCACCAUGGCUUUAUGCAAAGCCUUCUUUCUUCCCACCUUCCCGAGCAGAGCAACCAUCAGCGAGCAGUUCAGUGCUGCCCCCCAGUUAGCAUGGAGUACAACUGUGUGCCAGGAAACUCUGCGGGGGACAUGCAGGGCAAAGCCACCAGCCCCAGCGUGCCCCAGACACAGAAGGCCCAGGCCAUGAGGCUUGGGGAGAGCAACAAGGCCCAUAUUUCUCAGGUCAGCAGUAACAUGCACGGAAGCCCAGCAAUGCGAGCAGGUCUACCCCACCCUCCAACGCGACACAGCAGCUCUGAGCCAGGCCGCUCCACGGCUCCUUCCAGGCCACCCCCUGCUAUCAGCCAGCGCUCUCGCCACACUGCCCAGGACACGCAGCCCCCUAAAAUGAGACCUGGAGAUCGGCCCCGAUCAGGUACUCUGAGACCAAGUGUCCCCUUUGAGUCGGAGGAGCACCUCCCUCUGCCCUCUGCUGGGGGAGUGCUGCUGAGCAGACCACAGUCUGGAGGAGAGGUACGGCGCAGCAGUAUUGUUCGCUUUAUGGCAGACAGCGCUCAGGCUCCCAGUGACAACAACUUAGUUCCUGACCAACACAUAACACAGAACUUUGGUUUCCCCUUUAUUGGUGAAGGAGGAAUGAAUCCUCCACCUCCCAUCAAUACCAACUCCACGUUCAUCCCUCCAGUCAGUCAGCCUAGUGCCUCCCGUACGCCGACCCUGCUGCCCGUGGAGCCCCAAAACCCUCUGCCCUCCUUUUAUCCUUCUUAUUCUCCAGCAGCCCACCCCAGCCUUCCCAGUGACAUCCCUCUUCAGUAUUUUCCCAACCAAAUGUUUACUAGUCCAAGUGCUGACAAGGGCAGCGCUCCUCCACUAAACAAUCGCUUCGGCUCCAUCCUCUCGCCACCUCGCCCUGUGGGCUUUGGCCAAGCCAGCUUCCCUUUGCUCCCAGACAUGCCUCCCAUGCCCAUUGCCAACUCAUCUGGAAUAACUCCUCACAUAUCCAACUUCAGCCUCACUUCUCUGUUCCCUGAGAUUGCCACAGCCAUGCCCACCGAUGGCUCGGCCAUGCCCAUGUCCCCACUGCUGUCUUUGUCUAACACUUCAUCAGCUGACUCUGGGAAGCAGCCCAAUCGUCCCGCCCACAACAUCAGCCACAUUUUGGGCCACGAUGGCAGCUCUGCCGUGUGAGCGCGGGCCCUCUGCUGCCUUCUGAACGCCAAGUGUCUGAGACGUUCAUGUUCAGCCAGUGGUUCAGAUAAAAACAAAAAAGCUAAAAUGAAGACUGGAAACCAUGGAUCCACUUGUUUGCACAUGGAAAAUUUAUAAUUGUCUUUUUCCUUCACAUGUAAACAAUUCUAACUUAUAAUUUAGCUUUUUUAGAACACAGGAACGUUUUUAGCUGAAAUGUUGGUUAAACCAACGAAAUGGUAGGAAAAAAUCAGUUGGGUUGGCAACUUGAAAUUAUCUAAUCUGGUUUAAAAAAAACCUUCUGCACAGUUUGCUACCAAUGUAAUUAAUUUAUAUCAGAUUUACUGUACAGUCAUUUUUCCCCCCAAGAGCUAUUUUGUAAAUAAUGUUUCAUACCAGAAUUGUUAGAUUAUGUAUUUGUAAAUACUAAAUUGAUUAAUAAAAUUUAUGACUAUGCACUUGUUUUUAGCAAAUGCUUAUAUUUUUGUCCCACUCGGUGGCACUAGUAACUCAAGCUGAGUUUCCAUAAUAUGGAAGUUAACCAGUUAUGCAAAAAAAAAAAAAUCUACUGUGCUGAAUCCUCAUUUUAACAAAAAAACACUCUUGCAGUGUUAAAGUGGAGCUGGAGGAAGUAAAAAAAAAAACAAAAAACAAACUUGAAACAAGUAUGGUUGAUAUUUAGCUUUUAUUUACAGCCAACAGUGCUCCAGCAUGUGUAACCACAGAAACGGCUACAUUGAAAUGUGGAGGGUGUAGAUUCAGGAACUCCUUCAUUUUGAUUGCAGAUGCCCCUGGAGUGGAUUGAAUACUUAGUUGCUGAAAUGUGAGGGGAGAAACAGCAGUCACAUCGCCCUCACCUGGCAGCUGUUGGGUAAUGCACUGAUGUGGUUGGAGUGUAAAAUUCAGCUUAUCUGACUGCGUAAAA